UUACUCUCCUCAAAUACGAAAUUGUCCCCCUUUCUAUAUACUUUUCCUUCGCACCUAUGCUUGAUUUUUCGCUAAUCGGUGCAGAAAGACUUAGCGGGUGCACAACAAGACUUCUGUCUACUUUGUCUGUCUGUCUGUCCAAAGAAACACAAUACAUGUUCUUUGACCUAACACCGUCAACUUAUCCAUUUGAACUUAUCCUUAUCCUUUUCAAUGCUGUUUGAGAACAUAAAGCGCUUUGUACUGUAUUACAUUCGGUUCUUAUCACAAUAGAUCAUGGCGCUUUUUGUGUGUGAGCUUUGUAAAAUGUCGUUUGGAUAAAUGUGUGAACAACCGGCCGCUUGAAAUGGUCUUGAGGUCAAAAGCUGAUGGCAAAGAAAUCAUUCAAGAAAAUCAAUAAGUGGUAAAUCAUUCUACAGCACGUAAAAUAUCACAACGGCUUCUAUUGUACGCUAUGAAUAUUUCUUGUUAAUAUUGUUCCUGUUAGUUGUAAAAUUGUUUAAUAUCUUUUUUGUGUAAUUUGAAGCAAUCUAUGAAUAAACUAAGCAUCAUGAGUGCUAGGCUGAGAAAUAAUGCUAAUGCCAAAUGUAACAAAUGUAUUUUUCGAGAAAUAUGUACCUGAAACUCAUGCCAUGUGUAUAUUGCCCUAGAUGUGUCUUCUGUACAAUAUGUAUUAGUGUUUUAUAUCAGAUGUGUAUGCACCAACUACUUUGCUUAAAUUUGAGCAUUCCACGUUCGAUCCUGAAAUUGUAACAUCUCCCAGAAUGCCAUCAAUAAGUGAUUAAUUCUUGAUUAUAUAUCCACUGCAACCUUCUCAGUUUUUCCAAUAGAUUCGAAUAUGAAAUAUCUUGGAAAAUGUUGUGUGGAGAAAGAAACUUAUUAAAAGCACUCAAAUUACCCAACAGAAAAAACUCAUGUAUGUGAGGUAGGUAAACACCAUUUAGACUGGUGUGUGAAUAAAAGCAACAUUUGCUUGUUAAUGCAAAAUGUGAUGUAAUCACAAUGUGAGCUACAUAAAGAAUCAUUUGCUGAUAACUGUAGUUUCAAUGUCCAUAUUCUUGUUCACACUAGAGAGAAACCUUGUGUAUGCUGUGUGUAGCAAGUGAUCUAGACUGAAGAGUUAUUUAAGCAAUCAUACACUUAUUCUCACCGAAAACAAACCUUGUCUGUAAGAUAUGUAGCAAAUUAUUUAGACAGUAUGUUUCUUUACACUAACGUCUGCAAAUACAUACAAGAGAAAAAAGUAAUAUGUAAGAAUUGAUUUAGACGAAAGAGUACUUUAAACAGGAAUAUGCUUAUUCAUGCAGGAAAGAAACUUCACGUGUCUGAAGUAUGUAAUGUGUCAUUUAGUCAAAAAAGUAACUUAAACAAUCACAUACGUAUUCCCACUAGAGAGAAACAUCAUGUGUGUGAGGUAUGUAACAAGCCAUUUAUUCGGAAAAGUCGUUUAAAAACUCAUAUGCGUAUUCACACAGGAGAGAAACCUCAUGUGUGUGAGGUUUGCAAUAAGUCAUUUUCUGAAAAAGGGAAUUUAAAAUCCCAUAUGCUUACCCAUACAGAACAGAAACCUCAUGUGUGUCAGGUAUGUAACGAGUCAUUCUUUCAAAAGAGAUAUUUAAACAAACAUAUACUUAUUCACAUAGGAGAGAAACUUCAUGUGUGUGAGAUUUGUAAUAAGUCAUUUACUCUAAAAGGUAAUUUAAACAAACAUGUGCUUAUUCACACUGGUGAGAAACCUCAUGUUUGUGAGGUAUGUAAUGUGUCAUUUACUCGAAAACAACAUUUAAACACACAUAUACUUAUUCACACAGGAGAGAAACCUCAUGUGUGUGAGAUAUGUAAUAAGUCAUUUAAUCAAAGCAAUAUUUUAAAAACCCAUAUGCUAAUUCACACGGGAGAGAAACCUCAUGCUUGUGAGGUAUGUAAGAAGUCAUUUACAAAGAAAAAAGAUUUAAAAAUCCAUAUGCGUAUUCACGCUGGAGUGAAACCUCAUGUGUGUGAUGUAUGUAGCAAGUCAUUUGUUCAAAAAGGGCAUUUACAGAGCCAUAUGCUUAUUCACACAGGAGAAAAACCUCAUGUGUGUGUGAUAUGUAAUAAGUCAUUUGCUGAAAAAAGGAAUUUAAACGCUCAUAAACUUAUUCACACAGAAGAGAAACCUCAUGUGUGUGAGAUAUGUAAUAGGUCAUUUAAUCAAAAAAUUAUUUUAAAAAACCAUAUGUGUAUUCACACUGGAGAGAAACCUCAUGUGUGUGAUGUAUGUAACAAGUCAUUUGUUCAGAAAGGGAAUUUAAAGAGCCAUAGGCUUAUUCACACAGGAGAAAAACCGGCUCAUUUCGGAAAACCUCAUGUGUGUGUGAUAUGUAAUAAGUCAUUUGCUGAAAAAAGGAAUUUAAACAAUCAUAUGCUUAUUCACACAGGAGAGAAACCUCAUGUUUGUGAGGUAUGUAAUAGGUCAUUUACUCUGAAACAUCAUUUAAACAGACAUAUGCUUAUUCACACAUGACAGAAACUUCAUGUUUGUGAGGUAUGUAAUAAGUCAUUUACUUGAAAAUCUAAAUUGAAAAAGCAUGUACUUAUCACACCAGAGAGAAAUUACAUGUGUAACAGUUAACUUGGAUGACAGAAAAAUUGAAAGAUGCGUGUCUACAAAUAAUGGAAGAUUAGCGUCUUUUGUGGAAAAGUUCGAUUAUUAAGAACCUUUACUUAUCUGAACAGUAAUGGCUUGUCCAUGCUUUAAAGGAAUGUCUUUGUAUGAGUAGUCUUUAACUUGUCAUUUCAUCUCAGUUCUUAAUAAAUCAUUUAUUUGUUUCCACAUGAGAAAAA